CAGGUAAAAAUCGUUUUAGCUGAAGUGAAGAUAAUGCAGUUUGCAGAAGUUGCAAGUCUGAAGUUGCUUUGCUUGAAACAGUUCUCCAAAAUGGUGGCAGGAAAUCGCAUUCACCUUCAUAUUCUAGAAGAAUUCCCCUCUCGUCUCCUGAGAGACCUUGUGCCUGUGCUGAGCAUAAAUGACUUGGCGAGACUACAUCGAAUUCUCCGAGAGAAAGGUAUUGGUGUGCAACAAUACUGGCUGAAGUUUUAUCGUCAGGCUUUCCAGGAAGACAGAUUGGCGAGACAGUGUUCUUGUGAUGACAGCAAUUUGGCCAGUUUGGACUGGAGACAGAGGCUUCUUGAAAAGAGGUGUGAACAAGAGCUCCUGAAGUUAGGUCCCUCACCAAGUGAGGGAACAGAAGAGCAAGACACAUUGAGUUUGAAGAUUUUGGACAUUUUACGGAAUCCACUCUCCACUCAUGGACCGCUGGAUGAUUUCUUCCCGUCUUUGGUAGUUCUUCACAGUGAUCUUCUUCCCUAUGUUCAGAGGAAUGAGGAGAUAAUGAAGAUCCUACAGAAGAGUUUGAGAGAGCUGGUGCUGACUGACUACCUGCCCAAGCAUGAGAGCAUCUUGCAGAGGUUCCUGGAGUUUCUGAUUCAUCAGGGUGUCUUGAGAAAGUUCACUCUGAAAAAUCCUGUGUGUGAGACAGCCAGUAACUUUUUCAACAUCCUCAAAGUGUGUGCUGGAGUGCACGACGAGAUCCCAGAAAGUGGCUGUGGACGUGUUGCAGUGUCGUGCUGUGGAGGAGAAUGCUGCGAACCACUGAGGUCUCACUCGGAAUCAACUAGGACCAAGGAGGCACCUUGCGCUGGACCACCACUCUGCCAGAUAUCUCAAGGGGAGGCUGUAGGUUUGCAACAGCAGCAGGACCCAUACAGUUCUAGUGCCCAGCCAAAUAAAAUAAUUAUGACUGCCAACCACUGCAUACAGCAUCUGGUCUUGUGCGAUUGUUUCUUCAACAAUGAGCGAGAUCACGUGCAGAUGCUGGAGAAGCUGUUUAGCAUAUGGCCAGGCCUGAGAGAACUGGAAUUUGCGAACUCUACGAAGAGUGGAGGAACUUCGGAGAAACCUUGUAUCAGGGCUCUUAUAGGCCUGAUUAGGGGACAGAGGCCCACUCCUUCAUUGCAGAGGCUGCGCAUUCAGGAGAGCUCUUUCGAUGAACAUUGGCUACUCUGCAUGAGUGAUCUGUUAAUGAGAUCAGAGUUCAAGACACUUGAGCUGGAGGGCACUAAUUUUCGAUUCCUUAUCAGAGACUCGGAAGGCGGGAGGCCAUGUCUGCCAAAAGAUGUUUUCGCUCACAUGAAUGUGGUUGAUAUGAAGUACCACCAGCUGGUUUCCCCCCACUACCUGGAGUGCGCCCUCUUGCAUCCAGAUUGUACCAUCACCGUGCUAAACCUGGAGUACUGCCAGCUAAGGACACCACUGGUGGACAGCCUUUUUGUUCAUGCCAAAGACAGCAAAUGUCUUCGUGAAUUGAGUGUGGUGCGUAAUGGAUAUUGCCCUCACAGGAGUCAUUACACUCCAGCUGGUUAUUCUGGCCUGGCCCAACUCAUGCAAAGUGGCCAUCUCACCAAAUUGAAUUUAGGUGGAUGUAGUUUUGCACUAACAGGUUGGGCCCAUGCCACAGAUUUUGUGGAAGCCUUGCGUCUCAACUUUUCUCUUCGUCAGCUUCUCCUAGAGGACAAUUGUUUGACUGAUGAGUGUCUACUUUUGCUUGCCACUGCCUUUGUGAACUCCUCCCCAGAAACCAACAGUCAAGCCUCCAACUUGUGCCUAGACAUCAGCUUCAACAGUGAAAUUACCCACGAUGGGAUGGACAGGUUCAGCCAAGCAAUCCUAGCAAGCACCAAGCAAGGUCGCCGAAGCAGCCGUCUCUGCCACCUGACAUUGACGAAGGAAGAAGGGGAGAAUGUCCCCGGUGUGCACUGGGAGCUGGCUGAGCUGAUAAAAUUGACCGUCAAUCACAAUGCGUCCUUCAUGGUGCCCCUUAAUUCUGACCGUGGACACAUCUCGGAUUAUAGAAGCUGGACGACGGAGCAUCAGUCACAGACUUGAGGGAGAGAAACUCUUUUCCCCAUCUGAAUUUUGGUUCACAGGAACCACAGCUUCAGUCCUUCAUUUUUAAGGAGCGUGAUCACACAGGUGCUUUACCGUGCUCCUCGACAGUCCUGAAGGAGCGUAAAAAUCCCGCUUCUAAAAAAUCUAAUGGCACUUUACAAGUUAUGAACAAUAUGACAAAAACAGUGGAUAGCAUCUCCAAAAGAGGACUGUGAUUGGUGUGUGACUUACGAUUUCACAUUUAUCCUGCCACUUCAUACAUAGGCCUAUAAUUAUUGUACGAAUAUGAUCACUGUGUAGCGAGCGCGGCCUACUUUCGGACCGGCCAGCCGGCCCUCACGCACGUAUAGCAUGCACACUGUAUGUGUACAGUACUACAUAUACUUGCAUGUCCAUGUAUGCUGCACGCAGUUUUGCUGUAAGUGGUAGUCUGUUACAUGUUUUGAGUGGUCAGUUGAAUUUUCAGUGAGAAAAGAUUCAAUCAUUAUCGAUCUACUUUACAGGGCGCUUAAGCAGAUAGCGGUGUACCAUAAGCUGUGGUCGUCAUGAAAACGUUACUCCCUGCAUACAUACAGCGUGUGUGCCCAUUGAAUUCACGCAGGAACCACCCCAGCGUGUCGGACCAUAAUCAAAUGUAAACAUUGUCAUGUUCGCAUGUGGGUGCACGCGUGUUGGUUUGACGUUUUCCCAUUCUGAUUGAGGUGGGUUUGUUACAGUCUGCAUCAACUAAACAAAGUUGAAGUAUAGUUUAAACUUGCAAAUCCCCUUCGGGUUUUGUUUUUAAAGAAAUGCUCAAAUCGGGAUGAAAAAGGUUCACUGCCACUUUUAUUUAAAUUGAACUACAACUAUUAAACUGUGUUGAAUUGUAGGUUGAAACUUACAUCUGUACAUGUAACAUCGUCAGCUGGGCCUUAAUUUUUCAUUUGCAAGUAUAAAAAUUGUAAGAAAGAAAAAGAAAACAAGUGCUGAGAUGAUACUAUGUAUGUGUUGUAAACCCAUGUUUCUAACUGAACUUAAAAUGAAUUUAAUUUUAAAAACUGCCCCAAGAACAUUAUAAACCAUCAGAGAAAGUGGAAACAAUAUAGACCCCCAGGGUACAAACAAUCGUUUGACCUUGUUUUCGACUUCUGUUAAUUGGUUUAUUAAGGAGAGUGAUUUACUCUCCUGAGAGAUUUGAGGAGAGCGAUUUAUAGCUCUCCUGGAUUUUCUUAAAAUGAAGGACUGCAGCUUUGGACCUCUGUGGUCAAUUUCUGGCCACCACAAAAUGUUACUACAUGUACAUCUUUAUUGAUGAGAACUAAGUCAUUGCUUUUUCAGUGUGCACUCCUGAACCACAUGCAAAAUGUAAGGAUAUUCAAUUUUACAUAAAUUACAACUGCAAGUACAUGUAAGAUGAGGCUAGUGUUCUUUUUUAUAUGUGGGAGGAAAAUUCCAGAGAAAUAUUCUCAGGGUGGGAAUUUUAUAUUUAAUUUGCUAAAUGUUCAGCAAAAUUAAUGUUUACCCAACAUUUUACAGCACAUACGAAAAAAUUUGUUCCAUUGGCGAAGAGAUGAUCAUUAUCAUAACUGGCUGGCAGUAAAUCUUUCACAAGCCAGAGGUGUUCUAAAAGACCUAUUACCUGAGGCUGAACCCAAACAGAGACUUUGUGAUACUCAAGAGAAUGCACUGCGUCCAUCAGAACAAUAGAGCUGUCACUCACUCUCCAAAAAGGCUUUUCUCACUGUGCUGGAAUAAAUUUAUGUGUAUUUAAAAAAAAAAAUUCUAGACGGUGAUGUGAUGUCAAAGGAAAAUGGGAACUGACAUGGAGAAUUCUCCCAUUUUGUGUUCACAGUUUCUUAGAUUCAGUGUGUGUUUAUUUUAACCCCUAAAUCAUGAUACCCACAUGUAUUUUGCAAUUCUGUGACAGUUGUACAGUUAGUUAGAAGUGUAUUUUUUGAAAGAUUUAUGUCUUUUCUCUGAUACCUGAAAUAGUUGAGUAAAUGGAAGUUUAUUCAUA